AUGGAGAACACUAAUGCAUCACAGCUAAUUUUAAGGGCAGCUGAAUACCAGAGUAUUAUAGAUUCCAUAAAAGCUAGAGACCAAGACACAUUAAAUGCUCGUAUACAAUUGAGCAUUGUAGAAACUUUGCCUCCUGGAUUUAAAGACAAGUUUACACUGUUUAGUACGACAAAUUCUGGAACAUUUUCCACUGCUACUGUAUCGCAAACUAAACCUAUUGGUCGGAUUGACGUUGAUAGUUUGAAAAUCAUAAUAAAGGCUACUGAGUUGACAGACAAUAGACGUUUCAACCGAGCUGUAAUUGACGUACACAUAAAACCGUCAAAUAUUUCUUGCCCAGAAAAAGAGAAUUCAACAAUGAAACAAUGCAGUAAUGCUGUCCCUAUAGUUGGUGCUGUUUUAGGGAUUCUGUUGGCAAUUGUUGUCAUCAUUGUUGUGGUUCUCAUAGUGAAGCUGAGAAAACAAGGUGACAGGGAUAUGGUGACACAAGAACAAAGAAUUCCAGUACACCAAAAUGAAGGAUUUUCUACUGGACAUACAAUUGAAAGCAGACAAUCAUCCAGAAAAUAUGAUGAAAUCGGAAUGAGAUCACCAGACAAUGUUUAUGACGAGUUACACAAUGACCAAUAUUUAGAACCAGUUUGAAUUGUUCGAUGGAAAACAUUAAGAGCAGUGACAUUACAGACAUUCAACUUAAUGAAAAAAAAAUGCUAAUUUGAGAGAAAUUUGUUUAAUAACACUCAGGCUAUAGCAAAAUGUUCAUUGGCCUAAGGGACGAUAUAAAUAUGGUGUAUUGUCGUUACAUGUAUUGAGCUUUUCAUUUUUGUGUACACUUACUAUCUUAGUAUCUAUCUAGAAUGCACAAGAAAAAAAAUUUAAGAAGUCUUUAAAUUAGUUAUCUUAUGGGAUAACUCCAAUAAAUGAAAAU